AUGAAGCUGAACAACAUCCUCCUCUAUGCCACUCUGGCUGUUUCAACAGCAGCAGCUCCUCUCAAGGAAACAAAACGAUCCUCAGUCUUUCAAUGGCUUGGAACCAACGAAUCCGGCGCCGAAUUCGGUGAAAACAACCUCCCAGGCCAAUGGCUGAUGAACCAGGGAACCGAUUACAUCUUUCCCGACCCCUCAACUAUCAACACCCUGAUUGAUAAAGGGAUGAACAUCUUCCGAGUCCAGUUUAGGAUGGAACGAUUGGCUCCGAGUGGGAUGACAGGAGGGUUUGAUGAGGAUUAUUUGCGGAAUUUGACGACUGUUGUUGAGGCGAUUACAGAGAAGGGGGUGUAUGCGAUUGUGGAUCCGCAUAAUUACGGGCGAUUCAAUGGGGCUGUGAUUACCAGCACUGAGGACUUUCAGACGUUCUGGAAGAAUGUCGCUGGAUUAUUUGCGAGUAAUGAUCACGUUAUUUUUGAUACGAACAAUGAAUACCACGACAUGGACCAAACCCUCGUCGUCAACCUCAACCAAGCCGCCAUCAAUGGCAUCCGCGCCGCUGGAGCCACCACGCAGUACAUCUUCGUCGAAGGCAACUCAUGGAGUGGCGCGUGGAGCUGGACCGAGAUCAACGACAGCAUGAAGGACCUCACCGACCCACACGAUAAGAUCGUGUAUGAGAUGCACCAGUAUCUGGACUCGGACGGGUCAGGAACGUCAGAAACAUGCGUGUCGGAGACUAUUGGGGCGGAACGAGUCAGCAGCGCAACGCAGUGGCUGAAGGAGAAUGGCAAAGUGGGGAUUCUGGGGGAGUUUGCGGGGGGCGUGAAUGAAGUCUGCAGGAGUGCUUUACAGGGCAUGUUGAGCCAUUUGGGGGAGAAUACGGAGGUGUGGAAGGGGGCUGUUUGGUGGGCUGCUGGGCCUUGGUGGGGGGAGUAUAUGUUUAACCUGGAGCCUACGGGGGGAGUGGCGUAUACGGGGAUGAUGGAUGUUCUGGAGGAGUAUUUGUGAUUGAAUAAAUAUAGGGCAUCUGAUCGACUGAGAUAUUUUGGUGAACAGUGGGUUCGGUCCACUCCCGAGUUUUCAGUAGGGCUAGUAGUGAAUUCUAUAAAUUCCAUCUCAAGAAUAACACUAGAGAGAAAUAGAAUAGAGUAGAGAAAUCUAACAUCAC